AUGAACAUCUCAAAAACGAACUCAACCACUUUCCACUGUCUAUUCAAACCCUUUGCAGAAAAGCUUGACUUUGAACUAGAACCUAACAAUGAUAGUAUACCGAUAAGCGAAAAAAAUAAUGAUAGUAUUAAUCCCUUGAAAUGUGAUCAUUGUGACGCAUUUUUCAAUCAAUAUAGCAGUAUAAUACAACCAUCUUCCCUUAGAUGCCCAUUUUGUGAAAAAAUUACUCCAAUUCAAAGCUCAUUUACAAAAUAUGCUACAGAUACCAUUCAUUUAUCGUCUUAUGUUUUAGACAAAGGUAUUAUCCCUUCUUCCAAAUCUUUUCUUACAGUCUUUGUCAUAGACACAAUAUGUGAUAAACAAGAAUUAAAUGCAUUAAAAGAAAAUUUAAUCAAAAACUUAGAAAAUUAUAGUGAAAAGAAUGGGAAUAAUCUGAAUGAAAACAUGCAUUUAUACGCAUUGAUAUCGACGAAUUCCGAUGGCACGAUUAAAAUCCACUAUUCCAAUAAAAAGGACAGUAUUGUCUUUUCAAUGGACUCCUUUAAAACGAAAUAUUACUCUGAAAGAUUCAACUUUAGAUAUUUUAUAGAUAAAAUUACCAUGAAUAAUCAACUUUGUUAUUUCCAAAAUAUAAGAGAUCUUAUAAAAGAGUUGAAUAGUUUGGAAAUUACAUCAUCAAUAACAACUAGAACAAAGAGACCAAAAAGAUCGUUCGGUUUGGCCUUAUUUUUAGCCACCGUAUUGGUUACAAAAUUACAAUGCUCACAGGACACGGACUGGAACAAUUCAAUGAUUAUUUCAUUCUUAACAGGUCCUUGUACGAAGGGCCCUGGUAAAGUGUUAUCAAGAGAUUAUAAAAUAAAUAUGAGACAGUUUAAUAAUUUUAAUGGCAAUAAAAAUAAUUCUAUUAUUUCUGAUUUGAAAUCUUCAAAGAAAUUUUAUGACAAAUUAUUUCGACAUUCGUUUGGGAAAGUCGCACAUCAUUUAUACAUAUCUUCAUUAGAUCAAGUUGGAUUUUUAGAAAUGUCAUCAUUAUAUAAAGACUCUGCAUGUGUACAACAAUUCGAUACAUUUACAGGCUCCAGAUUCAUGAUAUGUUUAAAAAAAAAUUUCGAAUUGAUGAGAAAUGAUAAUGUAAUAUAUAAUUUACAAAUGAAAACUUUAAAAGUACCACAUAUUACUAAAUUAAAGUUGUUCAACGACAAAUUACUUACAACUACCUUAAUUCCCAGUUCUUUAACAAUACCUUUGGAAAUCAUCACACGUGAUGUCUCAUCGAAUACAUCCUCUGAAGAACCCAUUAUUCAAUUCCAAAUAACGUUUGAAAAAAAUAAUAGGCGAUAUCUUAAAAUUGUGACAAUCCCACUUGUGAUGAAUAAUGAAUCAAAAAUUCAAGAUAAUAAUAAUAAUAAUGAUGACAUUGGUAGUUUAGAAAUUGAACUUUAUUAUUUUUUGAAGAGUUUAUCCUUCAUACUAUUACACUCCACAAAUCCACUUCAAUUAUAUAAACCAAAUUUUUUAAUUGAGAAUAUCCAUCCAGCAAUUGUUAAUCAAUUCAACACUUUGUCCUUCUCUUCUUAUUAUAAAUAUAUUUUAAAUUCACCAUUUUUUAAUUCGGAAGGCAUUUCACCAGAUGAAAGGACAUUUUUUAUUAAUUUAUGUUCAAAUUCAAACAUAAAUAUGAUCUCAAAACUUCUCAAGCCCAAAUUAUACAAUAUUGAAAAUCAAGGAACAAGAAUGGUAGAAUUAAAUUUUGAUAAAGAAUCCUUAAUCCUUUGUAAAAAUAAGAAUGAGAAUAUUUUAGUGGAUGGUGGGAAUUUCAUUGGAAUUAUACGAAAUUCAACAGAUAAAGUGAACCCAUAUGAUAGUAUUCUUGAUAAAAUUAGGAAUGAACGCUUCCCAACUCCCAGGGUUAUUCAUUUCACUGAUGGAUUAAGCGGACCUCAAGAUCGAUAUUUAAAAUGUAAAUUGGUAUUAUAA